CCUCUUAAAGUGGUAUUCCAGGAUUUUUUUUCAUUUGACUUAUGCUUCAGGGGCUGUAAAGUUAGUGUAGUUCAUAAUAUAGUGUCUGUACCUGUGUGUGACGGUUUUCUCACAAUUCUUCUGUUCACCCCAAUAUUUAUUUUUACCAGCAUACAAAAUGACUGUUGUCUUGGAUUUUUCCCAGCUUGCAAUGCGGCCAAGACCUGAUUCACUAGUAACCUGAUGAGAGGGAGCCUGUCUGCUUCAAUGGGUGGAGUGAUCAAUUUGCAACUAAUGCAACAGCUGUAGGCACCCUGAUUGAAAACCACAGGUCUUUUGUUUCAAUGGGUGGGGUGACUGAAGGAGGAAAAUGGCAUUGUGGGAUUUGUAGUCAAAAAAGCAUAAGGCAAACAGGAAAUACAAGUUCACAAAAAGCUAGCCACAGUGUUAUGGUAAUAUCACAACAUAGCCAUUUAGCCCCAAGACAAGCGCAGAUCCUUCCUAAGCAUGUCCAUUACUGUCUGCCAGUCCUCUCGACAAGCAUGUGGUAUACCUGGACUUUCUCCUACAGAAGAGAAGGAUGGAAAUCUGCAGGACAUUGUGAAUAAAGGGAGUCUUCAUGAGUUCCUGGUGAAUUUACAUGAGAAGUUUGGUCCUUUGGCUUCCUUCUGGUUCGGUAGACGGCUUGUAGUUAGUUUGGGCUCACUGGAUCUUUUAAGACAACACAUAAACCCAAACAAGACUUCCGACCCAUUUCAGACGAUGCUGAAAUCUCUUUUGGGAUACCAGUCAGGAGUUAUUGGAGAAGCAGCUGAAAGUCAUGUGCAAAAGAAGUUGUAUGAGAAUGGCAUCAACAAAUCUUUGCAAAGUAACUUCAAUGUUAUAAUAAAGCUCUCCGAGGAGUUACUUUUAAAAUGGAGUUCAAUUCCACCAUCUCAACACGUGCCCUUGUGUCAACAUAUGCUCGGAUUUGCUAUGAAAUCUGUUACUCAGACUGCAAUGGGCAGCAUUUUUGAAGAUGAUCAAGAGGUUCUCAAAUUCCGCAAAAACCAUGAUACUAUUUGGUCUGAGAUUGGGAAAGGCUUCCUUGAUGGAUCUAUAGAAAGGAGUCCCAAUCGAAAAAAACAGUAUGAAAAUGCUCUGUUGGAAAUGGAAACUGUAAUGAAAAAAGUUAUUAAAGAGCGCAGAGGGAAGAACCCUGGCCGACAUGUGUUCAUGGACUCAUUGCUACAAGGAAACCUGAGUGACAAGCAGGUCCUAGAAGACUGUAUGAUCUUCUCCUUGGCAGGGUGUGUGAUCACAGCAAACUUGUGCACUUGGGCCAUUUAUUUCAUAACGACUGCAGAAGGUAUUCAAGAAAAGUUGUACAAGGAGAUGACACAGGUCCUCGGAAAAGGACCCAUUACACUGGAGAAAAUGGAACAGCUCAGCUAUUGCCGGCAGAUAUUGUGUGAGACAGUGAGAACUGCCAUCCUUACGCCAAUCUCUGCCCGUCUGCAAGAACUUGAAGGGAGAAUUGACCAACAUGUCAUUCCUAAAGAGACUCUUGUGCUGUAUGCACUUGGUGUGGUUCUCCAGGAUAACACAGCCUGGCCUUCUGCCUACAGAUUUAAUCCAGAACGAUUUGAAGAAGAGAUAGCCAAGCAGAAUUUAACAUUGUUAGGCUUUUCUGGAAGCCAAGAGUGUCCUGAACUUAGGUUUGCCUACAUGGUAGCAACAAUACUUCUAAGUGUUCUUGUCAGAAAGCUGCACUUACUGCCUGUUAAAGGUCAGGUUAUGGAGACCAAGUAUGAACUUGUAACUUCACCAAAAGAAGAGGCUUGGAUUACUCUAUCAAAGAGGAACUGAAUUGACCAGACACAUUUCCUGUUCUUCCUUUUCUUCUAGAAAAUACAUUUUUUCUUUCAUUUUUGUUCCAGCAAUCAAUUUGUCUAUCCUUCCAACCAUAUGACAGUCAAGUGUAUCAGGGUCAAUAGAUGGAAUAAUCUGCCAAAUGUCCUCCAAACACAAUGUAAAACUUCCACCAACUUGGCGACUGGAUAGAGAGGCACUGGAAACAAAGUCUGGAAGGGAUCUCAUGCU